GGUUGAGUCAUUCGAACUUCCGCAAUGGACUCUAAAAUCGACACGGUGGAUAUUUUCAAGAGAUUUUUCUUUUUCUGGCGCAUUUUGGGCUUAACAACAAACCAUAAUAAGUAUUUGAUCGGUCUCCACGAUAUUUUUGUUAACAUUUUCGCGACGGUUGCCUUUCCUCUGCAUCUGCUUUUGGGCGUCGUUUUCGCCAGUGACAAGGAAGUCUUUUUCACCAAUCUCGCUAUCUGUAUUUCCACGGUUGCCUGCACAGCUAAGCACUUAACGCUACGUCCACAACUCAGCCAAAUAAUAUUUGUGAAUAGAAUUCUACAGAAUCUGGAUGAGCGAGUGCAAAAUGAUGAGGAUACGCGUUACUAUAUAAAAAAUAUCCGUGGGAGGUGCAUUUUUAUGAUGAAUUUCUUCACUGUUCUAUACUUUUCGGUAUCAAGUAUGGCAGUGCUGACUGCUGUCUGUACUGCCAAUGUCUUAUACCCGGCUUAUGUGAUUUUCGAUUGGCACAACUCGACUUGGAAGUAUUUGGCAGUAUUGGUCUUUCAAACAUACGGCUUGAAUAUACAAAUCGUGCAGAAUCUCACGAAUGAUGUGUAUGGACCCAUGAUCUUCUGCCUGAUUGCGGGCCAUGUUCACUUGCUUUCCAAGCGUAUUUCACGCAUUGGACACGAGAGCGAAACCGAUGUGGAUAGAAACUAUGAAGAGCUAGUGCUUUGUAUAGACGAGUACAAAGUCUUGAUGAACACAAUGAGGAAAGUGGAACGCAUCAUCUCCCCUAGCUAUAUGGUACAGUUUACAGCUGUUGGCAUUAACGUCGUGAUUGGUCUCUUAUAUUUACUUUUCUUCGCCGACAAUCUCUUUGCUUACUGCUAUUAUAUUUUCCAUAUUUUGGCUAUUAUGACCGAGAUUUUUCCCUGCUGCUAUUAUGGCAGCAUGGUUCAGGCAGAAUUCCAUGCGCUGUCUUACGCCAUAUUCUGCAGUAAUUGGACAUCACAGUCAGCCACUUUUCGUCGCGCUGCUGUUACUCUUACGGAACUUUCGUUACGAGAUGUCACUGUAUCGGCGGGUGGCAUGGUAAAAAUUCAUUUGGACUCAUUUUUCAAGACCUGCAAAAUGGGUUACUCAAUAUUCACUGUUCUACAAAGUAUGAAAUAUCUGCGCGUGGUCUACGACCUUAUGGUGAACCUCACCGUAACCUUUGGCUUUACCGGCCAUGUGAUAGUUGGAUUCUUUUUCAGCACCAAUAAGGAUGAAUUCUUCAAUAGUCUAGUCAUCAGUGUUGCAUGCAUUAAUAGCGUCUUGAAGCAUUUUAUUCUGCGGUAUUUUAAGCGGGAAGUGUGGGACUUAAAUGAAACCAUUUCACUACUUGACGAUCGCGUACGCAACAUGGAAGAUUACGAAUACUACAAGCGCUAUAUAGAGCGACCUUGUAAAUUUAUGAUGCGUUUCUUUUUUAGCUCCUACGCUGCGGUUAGUUUAACAGCUUUAAUGAAUGGCUUAGCCACCGGAGAGCUGCUCUAUCCUGGUUAUUUACCACUACCAUGGCGCACGUCGGGCUUAGCAUAUGCAAUUUGUGUAAUCUACCAAUUCUAUGGAGUCUCGAUGGAAAUAGUGAAGAACUUAGGAAACGAUUUAUAUGGACCGUUGAUAUAUUGUUUGCUAUCUGGGCAUGUGCAUUUGUUAGCGAAUCGUGUGUCACGCGUUGGUCAUGAUAACCCCGAGAAUAUGGAGGACAAUUAUAAAGAGUUAUGCGAUUGCAUUAAGGAUCACAAAAUGUUGAUGCACAUCAAAACUAAAGUGGAGCGCAUCAACUCAGGGGUCUGUAUGGUACAAUUUUUUGGUGUUGGUGUCAGUCUCUGCAUUGGACUCAUAUAUUUGCUGUUCUUUGCCGAUAACCUUUUCGCCUAUAUUUACUAUUCGGUUCAUUCAAUGGCCAUCAUGACCGAGCUAUUUCCAUGUUGCUACUUCGGCAACAUGUUGGAGUGUGAAUAUUAUGAUUUAUCUUAUGCAAUUUUUAGAAGCAACUGGCCGAUGCAGCCACGCAUAUUUAGACGUAACGUAGUGAAUUUUACAGAACUAACAUUGAAGGAGGUCACCAUGUAUGCCGGCGGCAUGUUUCGUAUUAAUCUUGAUACAUUUUUUGCUACAUGCAAGAUGGGAUACUCAUUCUUCACCGUUGUACAGAGCAUGAAGUAAAAGAAGUCGCUAAGUGGAAUAAAACAUAUGAAUAUUAAUUAUUUUCUUGUACUUGUAGUCUUGUAGAUUUUGGUGUUUUUAACAAUAAAGUUGAAAGAAUUGCUAUCUCUGUAUCAAUACCUAUA